CGCUCUCUCUCUCUCUCUCUCUCUCUCUCAAGAACAUCAAUUUCUUAUAAUAAAAAAUAUACAGGCACAGGCAAAUAGGUUUUGUCACUUUCGUUUACAGAGGAAAGUCCAUCAUUCUCCACUGCCCCCUGUUUUUAAUGGUGGUUCAGAGAAAUCGAGGCCGAGGAGGCAACUCGGAAGUGAACAGUGAAGGAACCGUAGAUGGAACUGCAGGGGUUUCAGGGUACGAGCAGUUCAGGGACCAAAGGAUCAAAGAGAACAAGGAGAGAUUGCAGAAGCUGGGUCUUUUGGACUUCUCGCUGAAGCUCAAGCCGAAAGCUGCCCCUCCAAAACGUUCCCAGAGUCAGAGAGACCCUUCUGUUCAGACCAAAAUCCACAACUCUGGGUCCCCCCCAAGGCGCUCUUCUAGGUUGAAGACUCUGGCUCCAGUAAGUUAUGUGGAAAUUAGUAAGCCUAAAGGGAAGAGAGAGACCUCAGGGAGUGUUAAUAUUUGUAUCAAGGAGGGUUCACAGCCAGAGAUUUAUACAGAAGAACAUGAGAAGCUGUUGGGGGAUUGCAGGACAAGCUGGACCAUGGGUGUGGAUGGCUAUGGGGAAGAUAGAAAACGCAUAUAUGAUGGGGUUAAGGGAGAAACUUGCCACCAAUGCAGGCAGAAAACUCUUGGCCAGCAUACACAUUGUUGCAAAUGUGACUUGGUCCAAGGGCAGUUAUGUGGAGAUUGCAUAUACACGAGAUAUGGAGAGAAUGUGAUUGAAGCCAACCAAAAUCCUGAUUGGGUUUGCCCUGCUUGUCGGGGCAUCUGCAACUGCAGUCUUUGCCGUAAAGCAAAAGGGUGGGAACCCACUGGUAAUCUGUAUAGGAAGGUCUCAAAACUGGGUUACAAGUCGGUGGCACAUUAUCUUAUUCAAACCCGCCGUUCCCAGAUAAAAUCAGAAACCUCAGGUGCAGAGGUUGCUGAAGAGGGAUCAAUUCCCUCAGCAGAGCCCUCUUCACAUGAUGAAUCUCUGGAAACAGCCAAAAGCCUCGAUAAUAGCACAAUACAUCAACCCGUGGACUUAAAGCAUGAUGAUAUGGGAGAGGGUUACUUCACUGCAGAAGAAGAAAUGGAAGAGGUGCACUUCAUGGGCAUCAAGCAUGUUGAUGUCGAUGAUGUGGGUAAGCUAGAUGCUGUUGCUGCUGGUGAUACUGUUGAUGGUGAGGCAAAGGAAAAGCCAAGGAGGAGGACAAGGGUGAGCAGGAACUAAAUAUUUCGGGAUUAUAGAUUGUCUGACAUGAAGGUAUUCUUAAUACUAACUAGUCCUGGAUCAACUGGUGAAAGGUUGGGUAGGGAGACACCACUCUUUUUGAGCACAAAUAUUCCUCUUUGUUAGCAAGACAACUCUGUAAUUUUUUGUGGAGUUACUGAUUUUACUCUAAUAUAUUAACUAUCUUUUUCA